AUGCCCACGACCAGCUUGACUGCUCUCAUCACCGACGAGGAGAACCUACUGCGACGGUCAGGUGCACACGCAAGAACAGUCUCGGAUGCACAUCCUUUCGCUCGAGAAUCAGCGCUGUACUCAGAAGGCACUGCCUCCGAUUUUCUCUCCUCGCCUGCGCAAACCCACCUGCUCCCUUUCCCAAGCUACGAGCAAGACGCAAGCUCUCAGACCUCGCUGACCAGUAUUCAACCUCUGCUCGGAUUUGGAGCCUUCAGAGAUCGCCAUGAUUCGUCCUUUUCGAACUUCUCAGAUGCCACGAGUAGCUCUGGUCAGGAACCAUAUGACAUGUUUUCGUCUUACGAGCGCAAAGCAAGCAUCUCAUCGUAUCGUAGCUCGGGCCUUGCGCUCUACUCUGCCUCGCCCGUUGAUGCGGAGGCCCCGAUGCUUCCAAUGGACAGUCUCUCCAUCGACACGCGGGCUCUUGUUCACAGUGCUCCUCAAGCUGAUCAUCUUUCGCUAGAAGAUGUGGAAGAUCCAAUUCUCAGCAUUGCACGCGCGAAUGCUCAGUGGCACGGCAUCGACGAUCAAGAGCACCAUGCAGGCGAUGUAGCUGUCAACUCUGAAGUCGCAGAAUCUAUUUCUGCAGACGAGAGCGAAGCCGAUGGCCUGCUACAGCCCCGCACUCGACCUAUGCAAAUACCUCGCAUGGAUCCGGAGGAAUUCCGUCAGCUACUCGCACCUUAUGUCCGGCAGUAUCUUACAUCGCGCAAUCGCCUACUCCUCGGAGAGCGUAGUGUACUCGUCCUCACCAACAGAACGUCGCAAAAGAGCUACGGCACCGAGAAGCGAUUCUUGUGCCCAAGUCCAGCUGUCAUUCUCCUGGGUUCGAGCUGGUUUGCCAAGGACGAGACCGUGGCGAAUGGUCAGCCUGAUCUGAUUGCACCUCGCGUCUUGAUUUCGAUCAGCGGCAAGAAUCCAACUCAAGAGGUCGCGCCUGAAUGGCUGGCUGUCUCUGGCAGAACGUCACCCGAGAACACAGCAUCGACAUCGGAUAUGAUCGUUGCUGGCCGUGGCGUCGGACGGCAACUCUUCAUCUCGGAUGUCGAUGACAAACGUGUCGAGGCAAUCGUUCGCGUCGUUGCCCCAGGAGAAGGUCGAGACAUCGAUCGGCUAAUCGGCACUUUCAAUUCGAAGCCGAUCAAGGUCAUCUCCAAGCCAAGUAAACGGCGUCAGAGCAACAAAUUGUCAGAUCUCUGCGUGCUUCAUGGCUCAACAGUCGCUCUAUACAACCGUCUGCGCAGUCAGACGGUCUCGACGCGAUUCCUAUGUGUCUCUGGAGGUGCCAGCAUAUUUCCCGGCACCGACUGGCAAGACAUGACCGGUGAGCCAAGUCACUUUGCAGCAGCAAGCGAUGCCUGCUUCGUUGCUCGAAGUGACGCAUGGGACCCAUUCAUCGUGUACCUGGUCGAUCCCUACAAGACCUCAAGUGUGCCAAUGGCUACCAAUCCUGUCAUACCUGGUGCGCCUGCACCGCCGGCGAACGCGCUGCCCUUUGAUCAAGCUCGCCCACGUAAUAUUUACUACAAUCAGCCUGUCGUCUUCCAGUGUCUCGCAACUAGCGUUGUCUCGCCUGUCUUCAUACUACGAAGGAUCGACAAGGGUGACAGCGCAAUCGUCGGAGAGACCUCCAAUGCGAGCGGACGUGGAUCGCCUACUCUUCCAGCAAAUAGCUAUGGCGAACGCCGCGGGGAUCCGGUCAGUCAGUUGCAAAAGGUUGCACUUGAGAUCUGGUCCCCGGACCCAGCCUGUGAAGCAUCUGCCUACCUUGCCUGUCAGGGUGGCGGUGUCGGUCUACACCGACCUAAUCACGAAUCGAAGAGACCUUCGUCAGCAAUGCCGCCGAUGACUCCAGAUACAUCGUCUACUUGGUCAGCCGGUCUUCACUCUGCAAUAUCCGCCGGUGGCUAUUUCAGCAGCAGCACACCGACUACGUGGCCAUGGGCAAAGCUAGAGGGCGUCCCAACCAACCUUCGAGUGCCAGACUCCGGAGUGAGGCUAGACGACGAAGAGCCAAGCCGUACCUCAGAUGCUGGCAAAGCGCGCAAGCCUCGUAGGAUCGCAUCGAGCGCCAAUUUGUAUCUGCCCACACCGAACGCGCGGCCUCGGAGAGCGUCAUUGAGUCUCGGUUCAGCAAGCUCCGCAUCUGCAUGGGUUUCGAGCAUACAGUCUCAGCCUACCUUUCGUUCCGAAUCACAAAUCGACGUUGGCGAACCGGCUGUUUGGACAAUCGCUGGCACAGACCUCAAUCGACACACGUUCUACUGCCCACCUGUCCUGCUAGGAGGCCUUGCGGCAGGUUUCGGUGGGGAUGCAAGCUCACCAUUCAGCACGCCAAUCCCGAUCAUGCCGAUUGCAUCUACGCCCAGGAUAUACGAGUACGGGCCUGCUUCCGAAUCAGACGAGUCAUCGGCUUCGAUCGGCUUGAUCAAUCUUUAUGGCGAAGGGUUCGAGAGCACGCUGACACCCUGGUUUGGUGACACGCCCGCAACUUUUGUUCAAAUUCGCUCGGCGGAGUGUAUUACUUGUCUACCUCCCAAAUUCAAUAACAGCACGCCCCUCGAGCUGCCAGUCCUGCGUGCGUCUCGUCUGCCAUCCACCGUGCAUGCGCUGAUCUGA